AUGGCAGAUCAAAUACGCGAUCUGGACCGACAACAGCGGCCGUACGAGGAGGAAGUCGCAGAGGACGAAGAAAGGUACCAGGUCGAAGUAGCAGCCCACCGAGAGGCGUCCAGGGCCCUGGCGACCGCCACGCAGCGAUUCCCGGACGUCGUCCCCGCCUUCUUGGACUGGUUCAGUGCUCACUUCCGCGUGAUGAGCGGGCCGGUGUUUGACCAGCUUCUAGAGGCGUGGGUCCGGGACGACCGAGCCCUCUUCGAAGACAACUGUGAGAACCUUUCCGUAUUCGCCUUCCCGACGCGUCAACCCCCGUCCACACGCGCUCGGGGCCGAAUCUGCGGGGUGUCGUAUGAUAAUUGGUCCGCGGUCCUGGCCCGGGACCAAAGGUCACAGAGCCCGGCUGUCCCGACCCUUCCGACCCUGACCUCGCAAUCAGGAGCGGCGCCAUACCAGGGGUCUCCCGGGCCUACCAGCACGAUGAUUUUGGUCACGGGUGCGUCAUCCGGGGCCGCAGAUGCUUCGGUCUCAACAAAAUCGGGCUCGUCUAUGAACCCCGGGACUACCGGUACGGAAUCCGCGGACGCGUCUUCGAGCCUCGGAUCAACGUCGGGGCUUCGGGGGGAGCCUCAGGGGCGGUUCAGACCACAAGGACUUCGGGCGUCGACACCGCCUUCGAAACGUCCCUCCCCCAAUACGUCGACGCAGUUGACGAAAAAGGACCGACGUUCCGACCCUGAUGCAGCGGGACCUCUCGGUGCCUCCUUACCACCCCGGGCGAUUCGGCGUAUGCCGCCGUGGUCGCGAGGAGCCCUGGGAACGAAUGGCGAGAACUGGACCGUGCCCUCCGGUCGUUUUGGCAGAACCGACCGCGAGGUCGAGGCUCUCAUGGGACCUUUGUUGGGGAUUGCCGGGAGCCUGUUCCGCGUAGUCCAGGCGUACGGGGUCCAACUGCUGUGCUUUCUGUGCUACCCGCACUCCUACUGGCCGGAAUUCAUUCGAGAGGGAGUGUGGCCAGUCGUGCCUUUCUUAAGUCGUUCGAAACCAUUGGCUCCCCCGUUCAUGUCCGUCCUGUCUUGGUUGCAUGGCCGGACAUUGCGCGCUAAACUCUUGAAGCGUUUUGCUCCCGGAAACCCGGCGGUCUCUACUCGCGAAGCCAUCUCGUCUGCCAUCGGAUGGAUGAUUCAGGAGGCCAUCUCAGCUCGGGACGCAGGAAAUGUCGGCGGGGUUAUCCGUUCAUCGUGGGCUCGCAUUCGCAUCCCCCAGUCGGUUCUCAGUGGGCACGUGGCUCCACUAGGGAUUCCCACUUUGGCCGUGAACCCCGUCGUCUUGGACGAUUCCUCCGAAGGCUCCCGUGCCGAUGUCGACUAA